UUUUUUUUUUAUUUCCGGUUAAGCAAUUGAUCUGCAUGUUCCAAUAAGUUUCCCCUAAUUUCUAGAUAUUGGUGAAUAAACCUGAAAGAAAAGUUGGCUCCGCAACGCCGAUCACAGCGCCAAAUGGGCGGCCAGAUGCAACAGAGAAAUGCAACUUCUCUGUAUGAUCAACCUGCUGCGGAUGGUCCUGCUAGUGACGCUGGAGAUGCCGUGAUGGCACGGUGGCUUCAGUCUGCAGGUUUGCAGCAUCUGGCCUCACCCGUGGCGUCUAAUGGUAAUGAUCAACGCUUUCGGCCCAAUCAACUCAUGCAGGGUUAUGGAGCGCAAUCUGCUGAAGAAAAGCAAAGGCUUUUCAAACUAAUGCGGAACCUUAAUUUUAGUGGUGAGUCUGGUUCUGAACCCUUCUCUCCGACAGCCCAAGGCUAUGGGGGCAUGGGUGCAUCGGAUGGUUUCUACUCGCCCGAUUUCAGGGGUGAUUUUGGAGCAGGACUAUUGGAUUUACAUUCUAUGGAUGACACUGAGCUUCUUACAGAGAAUGUUAUGUCAGAACCAUUUGAGCAAUCACCUUUUAUUCCUGCUACUACUAAAGCACUCGAUGCUAACCUUGAUAUCCUGCCCAACCGGCAGCAAAGAGGACAGACAGAUGUAGAUGCUUCUCUCGGAUUGCCUACAUUUGAAAAAGAAAGCAAUUCAAGGGAAAAUAAUGUGGCCAAGAUUAAAGUUGUGGUCCGCAAAAGACCUCUGAAUAAAAAGGAACUAUCUCGCAAGGAGGAUGACGUUGUGAGUGUCAGCGGCAAUGGUCUAACUGUCCAUGAACCCAAACUAAAGGUUGACCUGACUGCUUAUGUGGAGAAUCAUGAGUUCUGUUUCGAUGCCGUUCUUGAUCAGCAAGUAACCAAUGAUGAGGUAUACCGUGAGACUGUACAGCCGAUCAUUCCUAUUAUAUUUCAAAGGACAAAAGCAACUUGUUUUGCCUAUGGUCAGACAGGAAGUGGUAAGACAUAUACAAUGCAACCAUUACCACUUAGAGCUGCAGAAGAUCUUGUUAGAUUAUUACAUCAGCCAGCUUACCGAAAUCAAAAGUUCAAGUUAUGGCUAAGUUACUUCGAGAUCUAUGGUGGAAAGCUCUAUGAUCUUCUGAGUGAUAGAAAGAAACUUUGCAUUAGAGAAGAUGGACGGCAACAGGUUUGCAUUGUUGGAUUGCAAGAGUUUGAAGUUUUAGAUGUUCAAAUUGUCAAAGAAUAUAUUGAGAGGGGUAGUGGUGCUAGAAGUACUGGCUCUACAGGUGCUAAUGAGGAGUCUUCAAGGUCACAUGCAAUAUUGCAGCUGGUUGUGAAAAAGCACAAUGAGGUGAAGGAUACCAGAAUCAGAAGAAACAAUGAUGACAAUGAUACCAAAGGUGGGAAGGUUGUGGGGAAAAUUUCAUUCAUUGAUCUUGCUGGCAGUGAAAGAGGCGCUGAUACAACUGAUAAUGAUCGACAAACACGGAUUGAAGGAGCUGAAAUUAAUAAGAGUCUUUUGGCUCUUAAAGAAUGCAUUCGUGCCCUUGAUAAUGACCAGCUUCAUAUUCCAUUUCGUGGGAGCAAGCUAACUGAAGUGCUUCGUGACUCAUUUGUCGGCAACUCAAGGACUGUUAUGAUAUCUUGCAUUUCGCCUAAUGCUGGUUCUUGUGAACACACCCUCAAUACUCUCAGAUAUGCUGAUAGAGUUAAAAGUCUUUCAAAAAGUGGAAAUUCGAAAAAAGAUCAGGUUGGAAGUUCACAGAUAACUAGUAAAGACUCUUCAUCAGCAAACAUGCCAGUUUCUUCUGAUGGAGAUGACAUCUUCGAGCAACAUCAAGAGGCAAAAGUCAUUGAUACAGGUAGAAGGGGCCAACAAAGAGAGAAUCUCGCUUAUAACACCACAUCAGAUGUUGAGAAACAACUUCCUCCUAGCUCUUCAAGUUAUUCGUAUAACAGCAGGGAUGACAGUGACCUAGAAAAGGAGAAAGGUGAAUCAAAAAAUACAUUCAGUGGCUCAACUAAUCAGAAAGUAUACUUGAUGCCAAGUUCGGCUGAUACUCAAGAUACGGUGCAGAAGGUAUCUCCACCUCGAAGAAAAAGUUACAGAGAAGAAAAAUCUGAAAAGAUUGUUAAUUGGCAGAAGAAAGAUAAUGGUGAUGAAAAAUCUGAGAAAGGUGGUUGGCCAAGACGAGAUGUUAAUAAUUCUGAUUUUUCAACUGUUGGUAGUAAGCAACAAGGAUCUAGUAUUACUAGUGUCAGUAUGUCAUCAAAACACUCGGAACCUGAGAAGCUUCAUGAUGAGAAUGUCAAUGAAAUACUUGAGGAAGAAGAAGCUUUAAUUGCAGCCCACAGGAAAGAGAUUGAGGAUACAAUGGAAAUAGUCCGUGAAGAAAUGAAAUUGCUGGCUGAAGUUGAUAAACCAGGCAGCCUUAUUGACAAUUACGUGACCCAAUUGAGUUUUGUGCUCUCACGCAAAGCAGCAAGUCUUGUCAGCCUCCAGGCUCGACUUGCCAGAUUCCAGCACCGACUCAAAGAGCAGGAAAUACUCAGCCGUAAGAGAGUACCACGUUGAUAUAAACAACACACGUUACAAUAGACAAGUGCAUUAAAAGAUGUUGAUGCCUAUGAAGGUUGGAUUCAGUUAGUUUGAGUGAGAGAGAGAGAGAGAGGGAUGUGUUUGAUUUAAGUGGUGUGGGCUUUUCGAUUGUAAGAGACUACUUGUACAAGAAAACAUUGAGAAGUUGGAAAGAAAAAGAAAGAUUAACCAAAAAACUACUGUUGUGCUGGGUAGUGGUUUUUAAUUGUAAUGGUGGGUUAUAUACAAAUCCCAGCAUAAAAGUAAAAACUAAUUCUACUCUCGCCUCAAAGACUUGGUAUUAUUUCGAUUUCAUUA